AUGGACUGGGAUUAUGCUCCCAUGAGACGGAACCUUGUUGGACCUGACACUUUCACAUCCCGACGACUUAUUGAGAACCGUGAUGAUCAAAUAGGCAGUGUCUACCGCAAGGUGAUCUUUCGCGAAUACACGGAUGACACCUUCACUCAGCAAAUACCUGUUCCGGCCUGGAUGGGAAUUGUUGGGCCUAUUGUGAAGGGGGAGGAAGGUGAUUCGAUCAGAAUCUUGUUCAAGAACAUGGCUAAUAAGCAAAGCUUCGCAAUGCAUCCACACGGAUUCUUCUAUAACAAACAAGGAGAGGGUGCCCUUUACGAAGAUGGAACGUCCGGCGCAGAUAAACUGGACGAUAACGUCGGCCCUGGUGAAACACAUCUCUAUAUCUGGAACAUCACUGCGAGACACGCCCCUACGGCCGACGACGAUGCCUGUGUAGCUUGGGGGUACCAUGGACACAGAGACCCAGCCCGGGACAUUGCCACUGGUCUGGCCGGGUUCGGGCUUAUCUGCAAGAAAGGGACUCUGGAUGCCAAUGGAAAACGUAAAGAUGUCGACAAAGAGUUCGUUGUAUACGCCGAUAUCGCUGACGAAAGCAUAAGCUUUUGCUUUAACGAUAGCAUUCAAAAAUGCGGACAACCUGAUGUUUGUCAGGCCAGGGCGGAUACUGAUGACGAAGACUUCGGACUGUCAAACGAAAUGCAUCACAUCAAUGGCUAUGUUUACGGCAACCAGCCCCCGUUCCAAAUGUGUCCUGGAGAACGAGCGGUCUUCUACGUUAUGUCAUUGAAUCUUGCCAGCCACAUCAUGAAAAUUCUUGGACAUACCAUGAUUAUAAAACAUAGGCGCACGGAGAACGCAUUGGUUAACUCAGCCAGUUUUCUAAGCGCGUACACGGUAGCCGCUCAUCCUGGCCAUUGGCUUCUUUACUGCAGAAACCUGGACCAUGUCACUGAGGGUAUGCUUGCUUUCGUGGAUGUAUCAAACAAACCAGUACCUUCAAACAUCUCUCGUGUUGGUCGAAGGCGAAUGCCCGGGAGGACCAGAACCUAUUACCUUGCCAUAGAAGAAAUCAUAUGGGAUUACGCACCAGGUCUCACUCAUGACAGCUCCGUGUUCCUACAACAAGGUCCAGACCGGAUUGGUUCCCGGUACAAGAAGGCUGUAUACCGACGAUACACGGACGCCACAUUUACCACGCCAGUAAGGGGAGACGGGGACAGCCACUUUGGUUUUACAGGUCCUCCUAUUAAAGGCGAAGUAGGCGACAGAAUUGUGGUUGUGCUUAAUAAUAAAGCGUCCAGAGAAUAUUCAUUUUUGGCCGGAGGUGUGUCCAUGUCAAAAGAAAACGAAGGAGCCGUGUACAAACAAAGUGUUGAAGCAACGACCGCAUCUGGAGUGAGUGUUGCGCCAGGAGCGACCACGAGGUAUACAUUCUUUGUCUCUCCAAUUGACGCUCCAACAAAGAUCGACCCAGUCUGCCUCACAUACAUAUAUCGCUCCGCUGUAGACCUAGAAAAAGAUUUCUACAGUGGCCUUUUAGGCCCCAUGCUCAUAUGUAAACCAGGGACGCUCGACAGUGAUAACAGACAGCGACGCGCUAAUAGAGAAUUCUUUCUAAACUUUCUCGUGGUUGAUGAAAACCUGUCCCAUUAUCUGACCGAGAACAUCAACAUGUUUGCGACCUCCCCCGCAACUGUCGAUCCUGAAGAUGAGGGAUUUCAGCUUUCUAAUAAAAUUAGAGCCAUCAAUGGAUUCACAUUUGGAACAGUACCUAAACUAGACAUGUGCAUUGGCGAUCGAGUCACGUGGCAUGUGUCCUCGUUAGGACCUGAUAUUGACAAUCACCAUGUGACCUUUGAAGGCAACAACUUCAUGUUUGACGGCAUGAAUAUUGACACAGUGUCUGUUUUCCCGGGAAUGGGACAAACUGUCCGCAUGAUCCCCGACCAACUUGGACGUAAUCGGUUGCGCUGCGGUCAGCUUGGCCUUGAACGAGAAGGGAUGUUUGCUUGGUAUAACGUCAAUUCAUGUGGGAGACGUAUCCAACCUGGUCCGCUGUCUGGGAUCACACGUCAAUAUUACAUUAGAGCAGUAAAUGUGGACUGGGACUACGCACCUAACAAAGUGCACCCAAUUACUGGGGAAAGUUUGUUUGAACCUACCAGUCCCAGUUUCAUUUACGUGAGAAAUGGAUCUGACUUUGUUGGCACAAUCUAUACUAAGACCGUGUUCCAAGAAUUCACUGACAACACAUUUACACAGAUGAAACCUCACCCUGAGAACCUCGGUAUAAAAAUGGUCACAGUCAUCAACCUACGUGCUUACCAUCUUGGACAAAUAAAAGAGGAACUCGACAAAUAG